CUCCCCGACCCCAAGCCUCUGUUGGACUUCGACUUGAAAACGGCAAAGACAAGGAAUUAUAUCUAUGUGAACAAGACUCUCCGAUAUCCGUACUAUCAGACUAUGGCACAUCAACCGAUGGAGAUCGAGAACUGGAUCGAGAUCAGCUCGGACUACCAAUGGUACUUGUCGGAGAAGAAGAAAGUCAUCCAGAGGGAGGGUAAGAAAGUGCUUGACUCUCUUCCGGAAAACGAUUUUGCUUGCCAAGAACUGUUGGAAACCGUACUCGACUGGAUGCCAAAGCGCUAUCCGACAUUAUUUGACCGGCUCCUGCGCACCGAGGACCGCAUAAGCAGGGACGGGAUCUUCAAUAAGGUCACUGGAGAGCGCUUUGACUGGAAGAAGGGCGAGGCGCCAUCUGGCUGUGAUGCGCUGACCAUCCUGAGCCGGCUGACAGAGUGUGACUUCCUGAUGGCUCGUGAGCGUCCAGAUGGACAUAUCUAUUUCACCGGAGGGCUCGUCGCCUUCCCAGGCUUCUAUCUGCUGAGCGAGAAGAUCGACAAGCCCAUGUCGGUCGUGCACGCUCCUGUUCCGCAGUUCAACGACAAGCUACUCAUGUCUGUCGAGAGGCGCCGAAGGACACUCAAGCGCAUGCUCCCUAGUGCGCCGUUCGAGCGCUCCUCAUGGGAGAUCGUCGACGAUCUCAAUCUUUACUGGCACAACAUCGCCCUCCUUCCCAAAGGUGGCAAGGUCAGUGUCGACCCUAGCGACCUUUACCUGCGGAUAGAUCGGCAAACGUUCCGCAAGCUCCCUAAAAGCAAAGGGAUCAUAUUCGGUGUCCACCCGCUCGUACGCAAGCUCAGUACGCUCCGGGACUCCCCCCUCCUCCCGGCACUGUUAUACAAGAUCCAUACCGAGUCUGGAAGGGACUUGAUGUGCUAUAAGGGGGCGGAGGCGUAUGAGGAAACGUUGGGGCCGUGGUUGGAGGAGUGUGUGAGAGAGCAGGUAGAAAGGGGGUUGGUGAGUGGUGACGAGAAGGUCUCGGACUUUAGAGAGUAUGCAAAGUGA